CGCCGUGAGGGGCGGUAGCGGCGGCGGUGGCGGUGAUAGCGGCGGCAGCUGUGAGGGGGUUCCAGGAAGAUGGUGCUGAUUAAGGAAUUCCGUGUGGUUUUGCCAUGUUCUGUUCAGGAGUAUCAGGUUGGGCAGCUUUACUCUGUUGCAGAAGCUAGUAAGAAUGAAACUGGUGGUGGAGAAGGAAUUGAAGUCUUAAAAAAUGAACCUUAUGAGAAGGAUGGAGAAAAGGGACAGUAUACACACAAAAUCUAUCACCUAAAGAGCAAAGUUCCUGCAUUCGUCAGGAUGAUUGCUCCGGAGGGCUCCUUGGUGUUUCACGAGAAAGCCUGGAACGCAUACCCUUACUGUAGAACAAUUGUAACGAAUGAAUAUAUGAAAGAUGAUUUCUUCAUUAAAAUUGAAACAUGGCACAAACCAGACUUGGGAACAUUAGAAAAUGUACACGGUUUAGAUCCGAACACAUGGAAAACUGUUGAAAUUGUCCACAUAGAUAUUGCAGAUCGAAGUCAAGUUGAACCAGCAGACUACAAAGCUGAUGAAGACCCAGCAUUAUUCCAGUCAGUCAAGACCAAGAGAGGCCCUUUGGGACCCAACUGGAAGAAGGAGCUGGCAAACAACUCUGACUGUCCUCAGAUGUGUGCCUAUAAGCUGGUGACCAUCAAAUUCAAGUGGUGGGGACUGCAAAGCAAAGUAGAAAACUUCAUUCAGAAGCAAGAGAAAAGGAUAUUUACAAACUUUCAUCGCCAGCUUUUUUGUUGGAUUGACAAGUGGAUUGAUCUGACAAUGGAAGACAUUAGGAGAAUGGAGGAUGAAACUCAGAAAGAACUAGAAACAUUACGUAAUCAAGGUCAAGUGAGGGGAACAAGUGCAGCCAGUGAUGAGUGAAGAAGGAUCUGACCAGUAUCUGGCAGUGCUGACGUUUCCCAGAUGUGUGCUUGUGAUGACGUACUCACAGGUUCCCAACCACGUGUGUGUGUGUGUGUGUGUGUGUGUGUGUGUGUGUGUGUGUCUGUGGCUGCAUAUAAAACGCAUGUAGAGCUACAGAUCAAGAUACACACACUUGUGUAUAUAUGUACAUACAAACAUACUGAAAGGAUUAGUACAAUUUCUCCAAAGUACUGUACCUAUCUUCAAGAAUGCAAAAGAAAAUAUUUUCAAUAUAUAUACCUGGAACAGAUUUUAAUAAUUAUCAGAGUAAUACCAUUAAUGGACAAAUUGACUGCAAUGUAAUACUAGCUGGUAUGUUUCAUAAAUGUCAAAUUGUGGACCAAUAUAUUUAGCCUUUUAUUACUUUUCUGUUCUUUUAAAUCUUCCUGUUCUUUUAAAUCUUACAAAUUUUUAUUUUAGUCCCAUAAGCAACAGACUCCCACAGAAAAAUUUAUUCAAAAUCUUUUGGUAUUCCAGUGAAUCUGGAAUGUGAACUCUGAAUGUAUUUAUAAUGAUUUAUUUCUGGAUGGUUAUUAUCUUAAAUUCAAAUUGGACAAUGUCUAUUAGUAAGGAGUAUAGUUACCAGCCAAUUUUUACUUGUUUGCCCUGAGGGAAAAAAUCCUUUAAAAAAAAAAUUCUGGUUUUUAUUGGAUUUUUGUAUUUUAAAUUUCAAUAUUUUUCUACAUCAAACCUAGCAAAAAUGGAGAUGAUGGUUUGUGAUUUAUAAUAAACACUAUACAAUUUUCAGGCUACUCUUAGGCAAACAAAGAAAUUGAUGAAGAAAUGAAUAGCAUCGUAGGCUGUAGGAAAACUUUCGGAAGUCGAGCACUUCCAUGGAGUCUUGUUUCUGAAAUGACUGUUUUCUGAAAUUAGAGCUUGGAAACUAUGCAAAUGAUCUAGAUUCCUCACAGCUGACAGGCUAGAAUACAGAUAGUGGUGACGGUUUUGUUUUUGUUUUUGUUUUUGUUUUGCGCUUUUCAUAUUGAAAUACACCCCGAGGGGGAGACGCUGCCUUUGAGAUAGUGGAAUUUCAGAGGCAGCACAGGCUGGUCUCCUUGCCUGGGAGGCCCUGCUGAGGGGCCGGUGCUCCGCCGCCCAUGGGGAGGACACCAUUGGAACCUGUCACGAGUGAGCAUCAGGAACGUGCUGUUAGCAGCUGCUGCCACCUUGUCCUCCUCCUCCUCCUUCUUUAAGAAAGGCACCAUAGCUAGGUAAGAUUUUUAUCAGCUCUCUCUGUCCAAAUCCAGGUUUUCUCCUGUCAGUCCUGGAAGCUUGACUAGAAUGAUAUUGUUGGAGCCUUCCGGUCACAAACUGUCUUCUUUAACCUCGUCCUUCCUGCAACACGCUGGCUCCUGUAGUCCUAUCACGUUUGUAAUCUGACUUGCUGACAGUCCUGCCCACCCUGCUCCUCGUUUUCCCACACGCCGUGUCCCCACUGAGGUGGUGGCAGUGAGUCGGACGAGGGUGUUGAGGAUCACUGCCGCACCGCGAUGCCCUCUUAGCCUUGGCUCCGAACCCCACGUCGAAUAUGUCCUCCGUGUACUCAGGAUCAAGACUGAUGUUUACUCUCUGGGCACUGUUAUAAGAUAGGUGUUGUCAAAGCAUAAUCAUUGUCUGCAAAGUGUUUGGUGCAAGGAAGAUUAUUGCUAAUUUUGUGAAAUAAAGAGUCUCACUCUCUCCUUUUAAUGGACUAAACUCUCACUGGCAUCUGUAGCUUCGUUGGGAGCUUGGGCGCACAUGGAAAUCCAUGCCCAGCGCACGGAUUCUAAUGUUUUCCUAACAACUGUGGAGAUUUGAGGGAAUGCGUGGUGAAUGUAAAAUACCUAGUUUACUUGGCAGUCUCUUGUGUAAAUUACAGUAAAACAAAGUAAAUGAAAUUGAAACAAAAAAUAAAUUUGAUCACAAAAUGC